GGGGAGGGGCCAGGGGAGGGAGGGAGGAGUCAAAACGGGUUGAGCCGGUUGAGGCCCCGCCCCCGCCCGACCCCCCUGUAGGAAGCUGCUGUUUGCUGCAGAAGGAGUAAAGACGACCAGAAGAAGCCAUGGCUGUGAAUAAAUGCGUCAAGUUCUUUCUCUUCUUCUUCAACCUGCUCUUCUGGCUGAGUGGUUGCGUCAUCCUCGGCGUCUCCAUCUACCUGAAGGUGCACAAGGAUGGAAACGUGAUCACCAACGAAGCGAUCCCGGGCCUCGACCUGAUGAUCGCCAUCGGAGUGAUCAUCAUGCUGCUCGGGUUCCUGGGCUGCUGGGGGGCCAUCAGGGAGAACCGCUGCAUGCUGCUCAUGUUCUUCAUCAGCCUCCUCGUCAUCUUCGUCCUCCUGCUGGCGUUGGGCAUCCUGGGGGCCGUGGAGGGGAAGAAGGUGAAGGACUGGGUGAAGGAACGUCUGGACAAACUCACACCGCUUUCAUCGCAGCCGGCCAACGUGAGGGAGGACCUGGAGAAGCUGCAGGCCGAGCUGAAGUGCUGCGGCCUCGUCACUGGGUCGUCGGAAUGGACGCCAAUUCCUGACUCGUGUCGCUGCAACGGCACCUUGCCAGAAUGCUCCACCUCCGGCGUGUACACCACGCCGUGCUCCACCCGAAUCAUCAGUCUGAUGGAGACCAACAUGGAGGUGGUGCUGGGGAUCGCCUUCGCCAUCGCCAUUCUGCUGAUCUUCGGGAUGGUCUUCUCCAUGAUUCUCUACUGCCAGAUCGGCAGGAAGGACGGCGUCACCACCGCCUGAUCGCCUCCCCACAUGGCCCCGCCCCCCUCCCGCCGCUGCCUGGCAACGGACCACAUGACCUCAGUACUACUGUAACUUUACCUGUACCUUUACUGUGGAGUGUCACGCAGAUGUUUUGGUGACAUUUAAAGCGUUAAUACACAUCUUUGUGCGUACUUUAUGGAGACUCGAGACAAGUUGUAGAAAUAUCUGAAUCUGGAUAUGAUAAUUUCAGCAACUUAAACUGUGUAAGAUAAACCAGAGUAAAUGUAAAUAAAUUAACUCAAUGGACAAAAUAAAAGUGGUAGAAAAAUAUUCCAGGGUUCCUUUAACUUUACCGAUUUUAUUUCCUAUUUUGUGGCGUAAAGGAACAGAAUUUAGGGAAAUUAUGUCAAAAACAAUUUGUGAUGUUUGAGGCUCGUUGUGUAUAAAAAAAACAUUAACGAAAAUAUAAAGUAUCUCAGUAUCUCACAUGAAUGAUUCUAAGAUGUAAAACUAACUAACUGUAUUAAAUGAUUAUUUUUGCUAUUAUCUAACUUGCAUUAAAUAUGCCUGAUAUCAGAUGUAUAAUGUGUUGCUCAAGUGAAGGUUGAGGGUGCAUGAGCUCCAUAAGUGUUUGUGCACAUUUUUAGUGCUGUCUGUUGCUUGGAGAAUUCCACACAAUAAUCCUCAGAGUCAAGUUUCCGCUGUGUUUUGUUCCUCUGGAAAUACACGACGUAUAAAACAUCCAUUCAGCCCGUUUAAAACAACACAUGUUUUAUUACAAUACUGUUAUUAAAAGUACUCAAGUGGUUUAAA